CUCCUCUCCGCUCUGCACCUCACAGUGGUGGAAUUGUACUCCUGCACUCUAAGUCAACCGAAAAUCACAGACCACUUCUCCAACGGGAUACUACAUAGACUUCGUGCGAGCUUCAUUACCAGUCAAUUAUCUCACCAACUUGUCCACUUAGUCUCCUCAAUCGUCGAUAUCUGCUGCUCUCCGUCCUGCCACCUCUGCUCUGUUCUGCGCUUUCCCCAGUCUUUCACUCCUGAUCAGUUCACAUCGAAUCGGAAUAUCACGAUCAUGGCGGAGACACAGGACGUCACGAUGCUCUUCGUUCACAUGAGCAAUCGCAGCCUGGCAGAAACGACGUCUUCAUCGCAGCAGAUGUCGUCGUCAAUGAGACGGAAUUUCCAGACCUCAGACGAAUCAUCGUCCUCAUCGAAUGAGAGCAGCCACUUCCAAAUGGCCGUGAAUUCAAUGGCUUGUCGCGUUGAUACUGCUCGCCGCAGCAUGCUCGGCGACUCAUGGUGGAUAUCAGCUUGAAGGACCAUCUGCUAAUUGAUAUUGCACCAUGGCGCCACUGGUGGCCUGAAGCUCCGGCAGUUGGUGGACCGGAUACUGGUUCGCGCGAAAACCGUGGCUGCUUGAUGCCCGUUUUUAUUCUGGACGCUGCCUCCUGUGCAGUGGCGGGGUGUGUUUCCGUUGUACAUUCGUUUCUGCGCUUCCACCCGCCACAUGGGUGGGGCAGUGUACAGGCAAUGGCCUCAAAGGCUUUUGCAAGAUAAUUUUGUCACUUUUGCAGAAGUUGUACAUGCGCUGUUUAUAUGUCCGUUGAUGUGAAGAGAACUGAUUGAUAUUGUAGUACAAAUGAAUACUAAUACAAGUGUUUGGAAAAUUACUGUUAGGUAAUGUUGCUGUACACAUCAUUAGUGACU